AUGGUGCGAAGGUCACGAAUCUUCAGUAUAGAGAAGUCCUGUAGAAGGAGACAAAGAAGAAGUAGUCGUCAAGCUUCGGGCACUAUUGUGCUACUUGCCGUAGGCUCUCCGAUGCUGAAGUCAGCAGUAUGUGGUUCUGUAGUUGAGAGCAUCAACAUGUGGCUUACCGCUUCAGAAGGGGGUUCUCUUUCGGUAGGUUAA